AUGGCCGGCUUCGCCAGUUGCUCGUGGCCGAUAUGGCACGUGGAUGACUUCACCCUGUGCUUCCAAAGAGACUACCUCAAGGUUCUCCUACCGGCCAUUGUGAUAUCGCUGUCUCUCCUGAACCUACUCUCACAAGGUAUAAUCCGAGCAGUUAGGAUAAGACGAGCAGGCCCAAAGGCAUACAAGCCACUAUCAAAUGGAAACACAAACGGCCACGCUGCUCACCAACACACCGAUCUCCCCCCGGAGGAUGAACAGACUGACGAGUCUGAGGACGAGGGCCUCGCAAUCAACGGUGGCCGGCUUGCUUUGGUCAAGACGACGACGAGGGGCUCAAUAGUCCAGGCAGAUGCGCCACCUGCACAAAAGCUCUCAGUCAUUAUCGAGGAACUGGCCAUUGCGGCCUUGGUCGUUGUGAACGUCGUUGCUCUCGCUACAGGCGCCUUUGGCGGGAUUGCCUCGCUGCCCUCUGUCAUCGGGCUUGUCACAUGGGUCUACGCUCUUGUUCUCGCAAGCCUUCGCCUCUUUCUCGGAAACACCCAGUGGCGUGUCCCCCAUCUCUGGAACCACACGGCGACCAUCUACUCGCUCCAAUGGCUCUUCACCGUCGCGAUAUUUCGCUCUGUUCUCAUUCGGCCCAGCUCCAGGCUCGCUCAGGUCCUGGUCAUUGUGGAAUUCGCCCUCACGACCCUCCUUUUUGGAAUGGCUAUAACCACUAGGAAGGGCAAUAAGACCGUGCUGCUAGAGUGGGAAGACGGCAUCCAACCGUCACGGGAGCCCCUGGCUUCCAUAUUUUCCAACUAUGCAUUUACAUGGGUCGACGCCAUCACUUGGCAAGGCUACAAGCAAACCAUGGAGAUUAAGGAUGUCUGGAACCUCAUGCCCAAAGACAAGGCCGGGGCAGUACUGGCUCACUACCGCCAGGUGAAGAAGACGAUGGCCCUUUCGUACCACCUUUUGGCAUAUUUCAAAGGCCCAUUGGUUGCACAGAUUUGGUGGGCUAUCCUCUCGGGCGUUUUCACUUUCUUGCCGACCAUGCUUCUGAAAGCCAUUUUGGAAUUUGUCGAGCACCCUGGCGAGGCCCCGCUCAGCGUAUUGUGGCUCUACGUCAUUCUGCUGCCCGUGACAGAUCUCGUUCGCUCGGUUGCCGACAACCAGGCUCUGUGGGUUGGCCGCAAGAUUUGCAUCAAUGUGCGAGCUAUCUUGGUCGGUGAAAUAUACGCUAAGGCUCUGCGACGCAAGGCUGCUGCUGGCAACGAUGCCGUACUUGGCAAACACAAAGACGACAAGAAAGCUGACGGAAGCAAGGGCUGGCUGGCGAAGCUCAAGCGUACCGUUGGACUCGGAAAGAAGGACGAUAAAAAGCAGGCGAACGGCCAGGGCACGCCAUCCGCCGGGGAGACCGCCGACGCAAAAAAGGAUGUAGCCGACGAACAAGCCAACCUUGGCACAAUCAUCAACCUCAUGUCCGUCGAUAGCUUCAAGGUGUCCGAAGUCACCGCAUAUCUCCACUUCCUUGUCGCCCAUGCACCCACGCAACUGGUCGUCGCUAUUUUCUUGCUCUACCAAGUAAUGGGCUUGAGUGCCAUCCCCGGAUUCAUCGUCAUGGCGGCAUUGCUUCCUGUCAACAUCUACUUCGGCAAGGCGUUCAAUAGCAGCCAGAAGUUAAUCAUGGCAGCCACUGACAAGCGAAUCUCUAUUACCAACGAGGUUCUUCAGAACAUCAGAAUCAUCAAGUACUUUGCGUGGGAGUACCGCUUCUCCGAGAUCGUCGAUGAAAAGCGUAAGGCGGAGCUCAAGGCCCUUCGGAAGCGGUACAUGGUUUGGGCUGCCGCAGUUGCUGUCUGGAACACGGUCCCUAUACUCAUCACGUUCUUCUCGUUCUUGUCGUACACACUGAUAGAGAAGAAGCCGCUUUACCCAUCAAUCGCAUUUACGGCGAUUUCGCUCUUCAUGCUUCUACGUUACCCUCUUGAUCAGAUUGGCGACAUGAUCGCCCACGUCCAAGAGUCAAAGGUGUCGAUUGACCGUAUUGAGGAAUUCUUGAACGAGGAAGAGACGCAAAAGUUCGAGCAGCUCGGCGAGGAUAACCUUGACGAAGAAGGCAACGAGGUCAUCGGGUUCAGAGGUGCAACACUCAUCUGGGGCAGCAGGGAUGCGAUCGCUGACGACGGCUCCAUGGCCUUCCGCCUGCUGGACUUGGACAUCGACUUCAAUAUUGGCAAGCUAAAUGUUAUUACUGGACCAACUGGCUCGGGGAAGACGUCGCUACUGAUGGGCCUGCUUGGUGAGAUGUCACUCAUGGAAGGAAAGGUAUACCUACCGGGUGGACGAAGCCGUGAAGAUGUCCCAGCGGAUCCCGAGACCGGCCUAGCUGAGACAUGCGCCUACGUUGCUCAAAGCGCCUGGCUCGUCAACGCCGACAUCAAAGAGAACAUCGUUUUCUCAGCCCCGUUGGACGAGAAGCGAUACCGGGAAGUCAUCGUCGCCUGCGCGUUGGAGCGUGAUUUGGAGAUUCUCGACAACGGCGACAUGACACUCGUUGGAGAGAAGGGCAUCACGCUCUCCGGUGGUCAGAAGCAGCGCAUCUCUUUAGCUCGGGCUGUCUACUCGAACUCCAAGCACCUACUUCUGGACGACUGUCUCAGCGCAGUUGAUUCUCAUACCGCCCAAUGGAUCUUCAACAACUGCAUCAAGGGGCCUCUAAUGCGCGAACGAACUUGCAUCUUGGUAACUCAUAAUAUUCCUCUGACGGUGCCCCACUCCAGCCACGUCAUUGUCAUGGACAAUGGUCGGGUGUCGUGUCAAGGCGAUGCCAACGAGGUCAUCGAUUCCGGCAAACUGGGCGAGGAGGUACAGAAGGCGAAGGCUGGCUCGGCUUCAGCCUCUGUCUCGAGGAUUCCUUCCCGUGUACCCUCUAGUGUUGGGGAGGAGAGUGGAAACACACUUAUCGAUGGUGCUGGAGAAGGUGACCGACUCUCCAAGUCCAAGUCAGCCGGCACGAAGGGAGAGAGCAAGGAUGCCAUGGACGAGGCCAAGGCUGUUGGCGCUGUCAAGUGGCCAGUUCUGAAGCUUUACCUAUCCUCCAUGGGCGGAUGGGCUUUCUGGCCGGCAGCUUGCCUCGUCUUCAUCCUUCAGCAAAUCAGUGGUGUCGCCUCGAACAUUUGGAUCAAGGAGUGGGCCAACCAGUACCUUGAAGACAAGACCGCCUCAAAUGUCCAGUUGACUGCGACCUCUCAGAACUACCACACUGCACUCGUGCCUUCGGCGUACUUGGGCUCCAUUCCAAAGUACAGCCAGCUCCAGUCGUGGCUGCAAAGUGCCGGGAAUGAUACAGCUCUCACGACCGCUAACCCGCACGGCGUUAAUGUCACUUACUAUCUCCUCAUUCUUGCAGUAAUCGGCUUGAUCGGGGCGAUAUGCGCCUUGGUCAGAGAUCUGUGGAUUUUCCUUGGCUCCCUGACGGCGUCAUGGGGACUCCAUAACCGCCUCAUGAGUUCGGUAACCAAGGCCCAGUUCAAGUUCUUUGACGUGACACCACUCGGCCAGAUUAUGAACCGUUUCAGCAAGGACAUGGAGGGUAUCGACCAGGAGGUUGCACCUGUCGCUAUCGGAGUCAUGACGUGUGCAUUGGGCAUCCUCGUUACUGUUGUGUUGAUUGCCAGUGUGACACCCGGAUUUCUUGUGGCUGGCGUUUUCAUCACUGCUGCCUAUGUCUUCUUGGGCAAGUUCUAUCUCGCGUCAUCGCGAGACCUGAAGCGACUCGAGUCUGUCCAGCGCAGCCCGUUGUUCCAGCAGUUUGGAGAGACCUUGAGCGGAGUCACGACUAUUCGAGCAUACGGCGACGAGCGUCGUUUCGUCCGUGAGAACUUGCAAAAGAUUAACGCACAGCUGCGUCCAUUCAUCUACCUAUGGGCCGCUAACAGAUGGCUUGCGUUCCGAACUGACGUUCUUGGAGACCUGGUCUCGUUCUUCGCCGGAGUUUUUGUGAUCCUCAGCCUGGACACAGUACAAUCUGGCUCUGCCGGUCUGUCUUUGUCCUACGCCAUCGGCUUUGCAGAUAACAUUCUCUGGCUCGUGCGUCUGUACGCUAUGAACGAGCAGAACAUGAACUCGGUGGAGCGUAUCAAGGAGUACUUGGAAGUCGAACAAGAGGCGCCCGCCAUUGUGGAGAAAAACCGACCACCAGAGAACUGGCCUGCCAAGGGCUCUGUCGAGUUCAUCAAUUACACCACAAGGUAUCGCGCAGAUCUCGACCCGGUGUUGAAUGGGUUAAGCUUCAAUAUUGGCGCCCGGGAAAAGGUUGGCAUUGUGGGUCGAACUGGAGCUGGAAAAAGUUCUUUGGCUUUGGCAUUGUUCCGCGCUCUUGAGGCCGAAGAAGGCAAGAUCCUCAUCGACGACAUCGACAUUGGGUUGAUCGGCUUGCGGGACCUGCGCGAGGCAAUCACUAUUGUGCCCCAGGACCCGACCUUAUUCAUGGGUACCAUCAGGACCAACCUCGAUCCCUUCGACAUGUACAGCGACGAGGAUAUUUACGCCGCCCUUCGCCGCGUGCAACUCAUCGGGCCGGAUGAGAAAAUCCCCAGCCGUCCCGGGUCUUCGGGCCCUGUACCCCCAACACCAACCAUAGCCGCGGAAGCCAUCGCAGAGUCGUCAGCCAGCACCAGGUCCGCGCCUGUCGUCACGAACAAGAACGUCUUCCUCGACCUCAGCUCCCCAGUCACCGAGUCCGGCUCCAACCUGUCUCAAGGCCAGCGACAGCUCCUCUGCUUGGCACGGGCCAUGCUCAAAUCACCAACAGUCCUGCUCAUGGACGAGGCGACGGCCUCGAUAGACUAUGCUACAGACGCCAAGAUCCAAGGCACGAUCCGUGAACUGGAAAGCAGCACAAUUAUCACGAUUGCGCACAGGUUACAAACCAUUGUUGACUAUGACAAGGUCCUCGUGCUAGACAAGGGCUCCAUCAUCGAGUACGACCACCCGUGGAACUUGAUGCAGAAAAGGGACGGGCAGUUCAGGGGCAUGUGUGAGACGAGUGGCGACUGGGACGUCUUGGAGAAGCAGGCUAAGAAGGCUUACAAGGCCAAGCACGAACUCGUCGACACAGAAGUACCAUAA